AUCCCAUUGUUGCUAGGCUCCAAUGUCCCCGCUCGGCACCCAGAUGGUACCGCCCGGAAGCCCGGGCGGAGACUGCGACUGCGCGUCCCAAACGGGCAGGCGUCGCGCGCCGGCCACUUCCGCACUUCCGCUUUCCUGCCCAGCCAGCGCCCGCGAUGACUGCCACUCUGCGCCCCUACCUGAGUGCCGUGCGGGCCACGCUGCAGGCUGCCCUCUGCCUGGAGAAUUUCUCCUCCCAGGUCGUGGAACGACACAACAAGCCGGAGGUGGAAGUCAGGAGUAGCAAAGAGCUCCUAUUACAACCCGUCACCAUCAGCAGGAAUGAGAAGGAGAAGGUGCUGAUUGAGGGCUCUAUUAAUUCUGUCCGGGUCAGCAUUGCUGUGAAGCAGGCUGAUGAGAUAGAGAAGAUUUUAUGCCACAAAUUUAUGCGCUUUAUGAUGAUGCGAGCAGAGAACUUCUUUAUCCUUCGAAGGAAACCAGUUGAGGGAUAUGACAUCAGUUUUCUGAUCACAAACUUCCACACAGAGCAGAUGUACAAACACAAGUUGGUGGACUUUGUGAUCCACUUCAUGGAGGAGAUCGACAAGGAGAUUAGUGAGAUGAAGCUGUCGGUCAAUGCCCGUGCGCGCAUUGUGGCUGAAGAGUUCCUCAAGAAUUUUUGAACUACCUGGCUGGAUCUUGAGGCCUUCCCCUCAGCCUCCCCGUCUUUCUACAUGUCUGCGAUCUGCGUGUCUAUGAGUCUGCGAGGGCGUCCUGGAGUCACCUCCCAGAGUGGCGGCAGCAGUGACUGCAGUGGCGGUGGCAGGGAGCUGGGGAGGGUGGGCAUCGGAUGCGGGAGGGGGGUAGUGUGCUUGCUAGCUGGACAAGAAAGCAGCGUGGACCUGCCUCAAGGCCACAUGUGCCUGGUCAGGCUGGCUUCUGAUGUUCAGUCCCCUGGGCUGGGACACUUGUUUUUUAACGUCUUGAAAUUUAACUCUGUGCUUGUGGAAGACUGUAACCUUUUUGUCUUUUUUUUUUUUAAACCAUCAAUCUCCACCUCCAGUGGCUGUGACUGGUCCCAGUGAUUGUACCUUAUUGGUCGCUGUGGGUCUGGGCGGGCCUGGAGCCGAAGGCGACAACUUUUUCUCCCUUGUGCCAUCCUCGGUGGGGAGAGAGAAGUUUCCGGUUUCUCUCCUUACCCUCUUAUUCACAACCCUUUCUGGGCCCAGUAGAAGUGGCAGGAAUCCUGCCAGCUCCGGAGCUCUGCUUGAAGAUGGCUGCCUAGUGCUGGUUGGGGGUAAGGGCUGGGUUUGUGACUACCAGGCACACCGAGGAGCUGGGGCCCGAAAGCAGGGCACUGCCGGCUGCAGGGGCCGUUGCGAUGCCCUGCCAGCUGUAGAGGGCACUGUCUCGCCUGUCAGUGCAGUGCCUAUGCUGGAGGUGGAGGGGUGAGUCUUGCAGGUUCCCAGCAGGGCCUCUGCCUGCUCUGGCUCCCCGUUCCCACUCGCUGUCUUUUCUGAUUCUGGUGGCUCCUCCCUCUCCUAAUUAAAAUCUCUUUUUGCCCUUUGGGGCUGCAUGAGGUCUGUACUCUUGUGUCUGAACGGGAAGUAGGUGGGGCUGUUCCAUCCCGUGCCCGUGCAGCUGGUACUACAGCCUAGAGUCUCCCAGGAAGCAGCGUGGAGCUACUGUUCCUGUGGAGGUCCCAACUCCAAGACACCUCUUCUGCAGUCCCUUGCCAUCCAUUUCUAGAAGUGCUGUUUUUGCCUACAGAGCUUUGGUGCUUUGCUACAAUCUCAUUCAGGCUGAAACAUAAAUAAUCGCAGACAUAGUGAUCUCAUUUCAUGGUUAAGGAAACAGGCUCUGAGAGUUGGCGUUGCUUGCUCCAGAACCUUCUGCCUAUGAGCAGAAGGGUAGGCUUCCACCUGUGUUAAGGCAGCAGUCACUGCCCUCUGUGGCUAUUUAAAUAAAGUUUAAAAUCUGGUUCUUCA